UUUUGGGCGGAACCACAUACAUUACGAACUUCUGACAAAAUCGGGAAUUUCCAGAUAACUAUACCCCGAUGACGUCAGACAAAUUACGAAAGAUGGCGGAACUAAACAGAAAUUUCCCAUUGGAGAUGGAUGACAAAAAAAGUUCAACGAAAGGAAACGAGAAAAAGUAUGGUACAACAGCUGAUAAUGUUGAACCUGGAAUACAGCAAGAAACCGAUCCCUUCACGACAAACGUCACCGACCGACGUAGGAAAACAAAAUCAGGAUCGAACCCUGAACGAAGUAAAACGAGAGACAGGCCUGUGACCAAUGAUAUUCAACAGCCUGAAAGACUCGUUGGAAAUACACUCGUGACAGGUGAAAAUCAACAGCCUAAGGCAGAAGAAAGGGCUGUCCCACUGGGUGAACAAGUUCUUCCAUUGUCUGAUGCAACUGAACAGGAAAUUAUUCCUAAAGAAAUCCGAGACUAUAUAGAAAAGAGGAAAUUCAACAAAGAUGUUAUUACUUACAUACUGCGUAAACUGGAAGAAAAGCUAAUAAAUAUUGGCAACAAACAUGUCAAUGUGGUUGAAAUAACAGGCGGGAAUGUCGCUAUUUCUAUGAUGUUCUACAGUGAUGCACUGCCUGAGGAUCGAAACCACAAUAGCUCCAAAAGGUAUUUCCUGUGUUGGAUACUAGCAAGAGAAUCACAACCAUUGAAAGCCCAUUGCAAACUUCUGACCAACAUUGGGUGCAAAGAACCAAACCACGUUUUCCUGUUAGAUUCGGACCGCAGCAAGAAUUAUGAACUGACUGGAGAUGUCCUGAAUGCUUUGGGGCAUCUACUUCAGCUAGAGUUAAAUAGCAUAGUCAAAGUGGAAGUAUUGAAUGUGCCACAGCAAACCUACGGUCAACUAUUGUGUUUCCCUUACACAUACGGAUGGGCAAUAGAAAUCCUACUAGGACGGGUGUCAACCUUGGAGAAAUUUAGAUUUGAUGAGUCGAGGAUCAUCGAAGACUUACUUAGAAAUCUAUGCAGCAAAUGCCACCACAAACAAUUCACACAAAUUGAAAUGGAUUCAGAUCCUGAUUUGUCGCCAAAAGUCAUCAAGUUCCUGGUUUUUACAAGUUUGACAGAUCCGCUUCCUCCACCUUGGGAAUUAAGAUAUGGAGCAAAUGGUGAUAGGUACUUCUUUAAUAGAGAAAAUAGUCAGAAAAGUGAUGACGAUCCUAGAGACCACAGUUCCUACAAGUGCAGUUUGAAGAAUCCCUUACCAGAAAACUGGGAGAUGAGAUAUGACAAGAAUGGAAAACCCUACUACAUUAAUCAUGACACCCGUACCACAACAUGGAAUGAUCCACGAAAUUAUAUCCAGUCUCCAGCUCAAGGAGGUCAAGCUUCAGAUAUCUGGGAAGCAGAUGCCACUGGUCCUACGUAUAGCCCACCACCCUCUAAUGAUCAUGAUUACUGCGGUCCACCACAAUCCGCAGAUGAUCAACUGGAUGCUCCCAAGCAGGAAAUCAGUAAUUUGAAAAAUCAGCUUGAUAAGGUUGAUAACAGGGUUUUAUAUUUGGGUCGUUUUAGCACUGAUCAACAGAUGAUUAAUUUUUAUACUGGAUUCAAGGAUUAUGAAACAUUGAAAAGGAUAUUUAUUGGACUGCAGCCAACAACUACUAUGAUCAGGUGGAGUGAAAUGCAAAGACAUUUUUCAAAUACUGAAAUCAUUAAGUUGAAUACUUAUCGAUUUGAAGCAUUGCCACUAAUCGAUCAGUUUUUCUUGUUCAUGUGUAGAGUUCGUCAAGGUUUCCCAGAGCAGGACCUUGCAGUGAGAUUUAGUAUAUCUCAGUCUUCUGUGAGUAGAAUAUUGAUAACAUGGUCUAACUACUUGUACAUGAUGCUUGGUAGUUUACCAAUUUGGCCACCUCGCCAUGUAAUAGACAGUCAUAUGCCAGCCGCCUUUAAAGAAACUUAUCCAAAAACAAAAGUUAUUUUAGUCUGUACAGAAAUUAAAGUACAAACACCUAGUUCAAAAGUUUUGAAUUCAGAAACCUAUUCUAAUUACAAAAGUCACACAACAUUUAAAAGCUUGAUUGGAAUUACACCAUGUGGACUUGUAUCAUUUGUGAGUUUUUUGUACACUGGCUGUGUAUCUGACAGGGCUUUAACUGCUCUUUCUGGUAUAUUGGAACUAAUAGAGCCAAAUGAUGUAGUUAUGGCUGAUAAAGGGUUUCUUAUUGAGGACUUACUUGAAAAAAGACAGGCUUCUUUUGUAAUCCCACCUUUUUUGGGUGAAAAGGGCAGGUUUACUAAAGCUGAGGUUGAAAAAACACAUGCAAUAGCUAGACUUUUUAUUCAUGUCAAACGGGAAAUUAGACGUAUAAAAGAAUAUCACAUUUUUGAUGGAGUUAUCCCUCUAACUAUUAACCAGAUAUGGACAUUGUACACUGGCUGUGUAUCUGACAAGGCUUUAACUGCUCUUUCUGGUACAGUAUUAGAAUUAAUAGAGCCAAAUGAUGAAGUUAUGGCUGAUAAAGGGUUUCUUAUUCAGGACUUACUUGAAAAAAGACAGGCUUCUUUUGUAAUCCCACCUCUUUUGGUCGAAAAGGGGAAGUUUACUAAAGCUGAGGUUGAAAAAAUGCAUGAAAUAGCUAGACUUUGUAUUCAUGUCGAACGGGCAAUUAGACGUAAAAAAGAAUAUCACAUUUUUGAUGGAGUUAUCCCUCUAUCUAUUAACCAGAUAUGGACAUUGUACACUGGCUGUGUAUCUGACAAGGCUUUAACUGCUCUUUCUGGUAUAUUGGAAUUAAUAGAGCCAAAUGAUGAAGUUAUGGCUGAUGAAGGGUUUCUUAUUCAGGACUUACUUGAAAAAAGACAGGCUUCUUUUGUAAUCCCACCUUUUUUGGUCGAAAAGGGCAAGUUUACUAAAGCUGAGGUUGAAAAAAUGCAUGAAAUAGCUAGACUUUGUAUUCAUGUCGAACGGGCAAUUAGAUGUAAAAAAGAAUAUCACAUUUUUGAUGGAGUUAUCCCCCUAUCUAUUAACCAGAUAUGGACAUUGUACACUGGCUGUGUAUCUGACAAGACUUUAACUGCUCUUUCUGGUACAGUAUUAGAAUUAAUAGAGCCAAAUGAUGAAGUUAUGGCUGAUAAAGGGUUUCUUAUUCAGGACUUGCUUGAAAAAAGACAGGCUUCUUUUGUAAUCCCACCUUUUUUGGUCGAAAAGGGCAAGUUUACUAAAGCUGAGGUUGAAAAAAUGCAUGAAAUAGCUAGACUUUGUAUUAUGUCGAACAGGCAAUUAGACGUAAAAAAGAAUAUCACAUUUUUGAUGGAGUUAUCCCCCUAUCUAUUAACCAGAAAUGGACAGUUUGUUCUAUACUUCAACAAAUUUUAGAGGGCUGUUGUUCUAGCUUGUGUUAAAAAGACGUUAUGUACCAAACGAUUCUUUGGAUUUCAAGUUGAAAUGAUCACUUGUGUGCGUUUCUCUUUCCAUUCCCUUUGAUUCUGUAGUAAAUGACAUUUUCUUUCAUUUUUUUGUGAAACAUUAACGUACAUGAACUUUGAAGUUUGUCAGUCACUUUAAGGUGAAAAAAAUAAUAUGUAGGUUCACUUUCACUGUUGAUAAGUCCGGUUUUUUUUGCUUUUUUUUUUAUAUAUACAUGUGUUAACUUAACUCUGUAUGAAAUAUGGAUACAAUCUUACAUAAAAUUUACUGGGGAAAACUUCAAAAUAACACACAUUUGAAUAGAAAGUAUAAAACUCCUAUAGUCUGGAGGGAAUUUUAAAGGUCAGUUCGGAAAAUGAAAACCUUUUUUUUUCUUAACUGUUUAGAGUUAAGUACACAUGUAUGAGCCAUUAUGAGAAGAAGGUACUGUAUUACACUAAUGAACGAAGAUAUACAUUGCCUUCUUUUCAAAAGUUUUAUUUAGUAAGAAAGGUAAAUUUAUUGUUUAUUGUUUUAGAUAAAGUACAAAUACAAAUUAAUCAAUUCAUUAUAUUCAAUACAUUAUGGUUUUAAACGUUAUUUUUCUUUUGACCCUAUAAAUAUUACUUGGUUUUCUCAUGCAACAAGUAUUAAAAGUAAAAGUAAGUUAAAACUUCACUCAAGUUCAAGUUCUUUAUUAGGCCUUGAUCAGUUUUGCUCAUCAGCUAAUCUAUCCAAUUACCGGUACAUGAUAUGUCAAUUAGCGUACAAUCAGUGCAAAGAGAAUGUUGUAUAAGAAGCACAGGUACAUAUAAUCAUAAGAUCAUGUAGUAAUGUAUUUUAUAUCAUCACAACUGUACAAAUAAUUACUUAAGUAUGGUUUCUUGAUCUCAAAUUGUUGCUUCAAAAAUAA